AUGGCACCACUUUUCUCUUUCCUCAAGAACUCUAAGACCAACGACCGUGGAAAUCACGAAACAAUACCUCUACAAUCUCAUACAUUCCAGGACAUGGGAAGUAUCGGGUCAAAAAGGAAAUUAAAAAAACCAGGCCCUAAUCGUGCGGCUACGAAUAUAUCCAAUAUAAAUCCGGUCGAAAAUCUUGGUCUUGAUACGUCACCUCUGGCCCCUAAGAUUUCAUCGCACCAUGGCGAUCCUGAGACCCGUUCGACGAGGCGAAUGCAACAGGAUCUACUGCAAAGGUCCACAUUCCCUCCUCCAUAUACACCGAGUCAUGUUCAAGAUGAACCGAGUAAUCAUCCACAAAUGGCUAAUAGUAUAAUCAGCGGCCAUUUUUUCUCAGAAGGAUCUCGCUAUCCUCAAUUCACGCCGUCGCAAGCUAGAUCGUUUACUGUGCCUUCUGUUCGGAGGACUUCUUUUCCAGAUGUACAAACCUACGACGAACAGAUUGAGGAUGAGAGUUGGGUCAACAACCAAACCCAAUCCUCUCAUAACCUUGCCGCUCAAAUGAGAGACACAAGAAUAUCCGGUGCUCCGACAGGGGCAACCAUUGGCCAAGAUGACACCUUUUAUAACCAUGAACCAUCUGGCGAGCAACCAGUACAUACGUGGAGAGACGAAACUGAAGGAGGCCCUUUUGGCGUAGCAAUGAUUGAUGAAAAUGCAGUUAGAAGGCAAAAUUCUCAUUACAGCAACCACCCACAGCAAAUCAAUGGAACGUCCUCCAGGAGACAGGCAUCUGUGUACAGCCAUGGAUCGGAGGAGUUUCCUGACAUUGUCACUAGACGGCUCCGAUCCCAACAAAGCAACCAACCCAUCGCAUCAAACGAUUUUGUCGCCAGCAGACCAGGUUCAAUAGGUAGCAAUCGCUCGAAAAGGGUCCAAGAUAAUAUUACUAGUAGACACGGAUCCCACCGAAGCAACCGACCGCAAGACUUGGAAAGAUUUACAGCCAACAGACAGGCUUCCCUUCGCAGUAACCACCUGCAAGAUGCCCCAGAAAAAGCGACCAGUAGAAAUGGAUCCCACCGAAGUAACCAGCCACAACAUACAGACGGAUUCAUCCCAAGCAGGCACGGUUCCAUUCAUAGCAAUGGACACCAGGAGAACGAAAAAAUUGUAACUGAAAGACUUGGAUCUCAACGAAGUAACUCUCCACGAGAAAUCUAUGAAAUUAUCCCGAGCGAAAAUGGUUCCCUUCGUAGCAGUCGGUCGCAAAUAGAUGAACCAGGUGUAGUCCUCAGAAGACUGGGUUCUCAGGGUGACGAUCAGCCCCAAGAAAUGCACGAAACAAUUCAUAGUAGACAAGGAUCUCUUCGAAGUAAUCGACCACAGGAAACCAAUACUAUGUUUACAAGACUUGGUACUCAACAAAGUUUACAACCUGAAGAGACCCACGACACAGAUUCGAGAAGAAAUAUUUCCUUGCGAAGUAGUCGACCACAAGAGUUAGAUGAUGUUGCCAAUAGGAGGUUUGGGUCUCGGAGAAGUCGGCGAGCACAAACAAUGGACGAGAGCACAGGGAGACGACGAGGAUCUCAACGAAGUAACCUUCCACCACAAAGCGUCCAAGCAAUCAUUGCCAGUAGACAAAGGUCUCAUUGGGCCCAACCACCGGAAACCAUUGAACCUGACGUUUUCGAAAGAGAUUAUGGAACGGAGUCCGAAUAUGAGCCCGAAAUAUACAACUAUAUCGUUCCUGCAGGCUUGAAUGUUGUUUUCCAAGAUGAAGACGGAAAUGUCAUCACGAGAGUAGGAAGAAAGGGCAUACCUUACGAGGCCAACCGUCCAGUGCGAAGUGCGCCAAUAAUCGUCCACGAUGAAUUUGGAAGGGAACUAUAUCGGACAAAGAAUCUCAGUUCUCCACCAAAAGUUCGUCCAGACCUGUUCAACUCCCAUGUAAAAAAUAGGCCUGCAUGGGAAGGCUAUAGUUUUGGGUCGGGGGGCAGAAUUGGAACACACGAUUCCGGACAGAACCACAGAAAAUCGCCAAACAUAAACCGGGAAAGAGCACAACCAAUAGAACCACCCUUUCACGAUAUCAGCUACCGUGCUCAAAUCAACUAUGCGUAA